AUGCAGGAAGAAAUACAGAAAAUGAAGGAAAUCGUCCUUAUUUACCUUGACAGAAGUGGUGGCCUUCAGAAAUUUGUGCACGACUGCAAAAAAUAUAACGACUCAAAACAAAGUUAUGCUGUUUAUCGUUUUGUUAUUUCAAUAAAUCCUUCUGAUAUUGCUGAAUUGGAUGCAACUCUUGGAAACUACAUUCUUCAUAAUCCCAUAAAAGCUGCAGAGAUUUUUCAGUCAGUAUGUUUUGUAGCUAUUAAGACAUUAUCAUUAAUUGAACAAUUGCAGGCAGAGGCCCAGAUUAGUAUACUGCUGAAGCCAACACAUUUACCACCUUUACCAAGUUAUGUUCUCAGUCUUUCUGCAUUUCCAUUUAACUACACAUCUCAUAGAUUUUACAUGUCUGAAGGAAUAGUCAUUGCAAUGGGAAUUGUAACAAAAUAUACACAAGGAGCAAGAUUUCUUUGUACUGAGGAAACCUGUCCAUUCUCUGAAGGGUUUAGGUACAUAAGAGUGCAUCUGCCUGGAGCUACAGAAUCUGCCACAGUGAGGAAUGAUUUUGUGUGCAGUUUAUGUUCCUCACCCCUGCAAGAAGAUAUGAAGUUUAGAGUACUUGGUGAUAAACAAAUAGUUGAAAUGAUUGAUGCAAAAGUUCUUAAUGCUUUAAAAGGAUAUUCCAACAAUAAAUCGCAUUUUAGGAUUCAGACUUUUACAGUUUUCUUGAGAGAUGAACUGGCCAAUAGAAUGACAAUAGGAGACCACUACAAGAUUAUAGGAAUUCCAACUUGUGUACAAAAUGGCCCACAAGCUACAGCAUGUAUAGAAGUCAGUAGCGUACGGCUCUGUAAACCAAACGGUCCUUCUUUUAUCGGUGAAAAUUUUAAGUAUCUGUUCUCACUGACUUCAGAUUCAUGCUGGAGGUUUACAGCCAUACUGGCCAAUAUCUUUGCUUCUCAAGUUGUUCCACCAGGCACUUACAACACUCUGAAACUCGCACUAUUGCUGAGUCUAGUACAGACGUGUGAAAAGGAAAGUGCUGAUUACCUGGAUCUGUUGGUUGUGACAAGCGACGCCUUAGUAAUUGAUAGGCUUUUGAAUUACAGCGUGUGUCUUCUGUCUCGUGGCAUACGACACCCAUCCUCUAGUGACAUCUUUCCUUCUGUAUCCAAAGAUAAACAUGGAACUGGAAGUGCUAGUAUUCAAGCUUGCAGCAUUCUGCUUGCUAAGGGGGGUAUCUGUUACAUAGGAGACUUGUGUACCUACAAAAAGGAUAAACUGGAACUUCUACAAUCCGUUCUAGAGAGCAGGACAACAACACUGUUCAUUCCUGGGAAGAAGUAUGGAGAAGAGGCUGACCAACAAGUUACUGUUUCAGUUCAGACCAAUUUUUGGUCUUAUGUAGACGUGGGUUCUUCCUCAAAGAAACACAUGCCGAAGGACAGCUUUCUGAUCGGGCAGAUGGACUUGAGCUUGCUUCCACCUAAUCUUCUAGAUGUUUUUGGGCUUUUGAUAUACGAUGAAUUUCCUUCAUGUCGACUGUCUUUUCCUCUUGUGCAUCACGUCCUGAAAAAAGCCACUAAUCCUGAAGCCACCCUGUACAGAGUCUCACAGCAGUUCAGAACACAGGAUUAUGAAGAGUUUAUUUUGUUUGCUAAGAAUCUCCAUGUUGAAAUGAGCUCAGAAGCAGAAAACCUCAUUCAGGGCUACUAUCUUGCGAGUCGCAGAGUGAGAAGAGAUUCUACGCAUGGAUCAAACUUAUCAGCAUCUGCACUAAAAAUUCUGAUUUCACUGUCUAAGGCUCAUACCAAGCUAAGUUUAAGAAAGAAGGUACUUGAGGAAGAUGCGCUGAUUGCCAUCUUGCUGCUCGAAUCGUCUCUUACCCUAAAGCACGGUAAGUCUGCACUAUGCAUCGAACCAAAUGCUGUAUUUCCGGUUGACCUCAGUAACGAGAGCUCCCUGCAACAGAGAGAUAUUUACCUACGGAAGUGCCACCAUCAGCUGCUUAAGUUUAUCAGUGCGUAUGGCCCAGGAAUUCAUGUUAACACUAAUGAGGAGUGAAGUAAAGCCCAAAGCUCCUACUUUACCCUUCUGGGCCUGGGGUUAAGGAGAAACACACAACCAUCUUUUUAACGCUUUCACAAGAUAGGUCAGUGCUAUUUUGCUAAGGAUUAAAGCAUAGCUGACAGGACCUAAUUGCAAGUUUUCUGACAGUGGUGCUGAAAGGCAGAGGUGGCUGUUCCUGGCUACCCCUACUUCUGUCACUUAAAUGGACAAGUUUUUUAUUAAGGCUACUACUAACAAUUAAAAUAGGAAUAGAGAACCUGGCAUUUCAUUUCAACAAUGUGAAACUUCUGUAGUUUUUCUUGUUGCUUCUUUUCACAUGUAUUACCCAGUAAGGCAUAGUUUAAAUACAUUACAACCACUUUUCCAGUGUAAGACAACUUUUUAAAAUUAUUAUUCAUGUACUAGACAUAAAUUUUAAAAUGUAUUAAAAAAGUCACCAUACUGCUUGAUGUUUUAUGUCUUGCUUUUACACUAUAGCAACACAGUAUUAGACCAGGAUGUUGGUAUGCUCCUGCAGUUUGAAAAAAACAGUAUUUGCACAACAUGAACUUAUAUAAAAACUGGAAGGGAUAGUAGAACCCCACAGGAAAGCAAAAAAAAAUAGCAGACCCAGUAGGCUGGCAGCUCAAUGAGCUCCAAGUCUAACUACCUCAUUGAAAAAAAUGAAGUGUAAAAGGUAGUGUGGUAGAUAUAUGCUCCUCCAGCUGUGGACUUUCCUUUACUGUGUUCUCCUAGUAAAGACAUAACAGUAGGCAUAACACUGAGCACGUUUUAAAUCAGAGGUCCAUGUUAAAAAAAAC